AUGAGUGCCAAAGCACAUUCCAUUCAUCUACUCAUAUCAUUUGUUGGUGUGCUAUCGAGCGCGCAGCUAGUAGUGAACCCACAAACGAAAAUUAGUAGCGAUGUAGACAGCGAAGGUGAAUGGUCAUCGGGGCUGAAGAAAUUAUUAGCGACUUUCGCUCGUAAGAGCAACAGCGGAGCCACCACAGCUGCACCGCCAUACAAUCUGACGCAGCAGCAAAUGGAAGAUUUCGAGGCAAUUAUGAGCGCCGGUGAGGAUGUGCCAACCAAUUCGCAUACGCUAAUCAAUCGCACACAUGACGCAAAUGACGACUAUGGAGCAGAAGAUACGCGCAGUUUUCUUUGUAUACCCAUUAUACGCAUUUUCAAUGUGGUUAUUCGGCGCGAGCUGCUUCCGGAUGAGCGCGUUGCGGUGGUGGGCGAUCAUAAGCGCCUGGGUGCUUGGCAAGUGGAGCGUGGUAUUGCAAUGAAGCCGAGUGGAGGCAAUGCGCAAUCAGCGCUGCAUAGUUGGUCAGUGAAGGUACCUAUUUGUGCAAGUGCGCGCCUACAUUAUCGCUAUUUUAUCUUCAGCCUAGACAAACAUGGGCGACGACGCGUGCAUGAGUGGGAGGGCGUGCCGUACGGUCGAGUAUUGGAGAAGUAUCAGAUGUAUCGUCCGCCGGGCAAGGAUUUAUUUGGAUUACUCUCGCACAUGACAAUCGGCGAUGUGGAGCAUGAGAAAGGUUGGCUGCGCCAGGAGUACGCCAUUGAAUUCAAGUUCAUUUGGGAGCAGCAUUUGAAGUUUUAUCGCUAUUUGAAUUUGAACCGCCCUACGAAAUUUCUGCUAAAGAUGACCGUUUCUAAAAACGGUUUUACGCUACCGUCUAGCGCCUGGCGUAGCACAGAGCUGGAAGUAUCGCACUACGCCUACAAUCGUUCUCACUUUCAGCAGCAAGCCAAGCGCGGCGUGCCCUACUUAGCGGGCGACAUUGUCAUAUUUCGCUUUACUGUGCCACUUAAUACAGUGAACUCCUAUCUGCUGAGCAUUUCUACGAUGGAUGGUAACCGUGUGGGUGAAGUGUUAAUACUAUCAUUGGACCUGAAGGGUUCAGAUGGUGUGCUCCGUCUGCCUAUAUGGGGCGCAGUGAAUUAUUUUCAAGUGGGUAUAUUGACGCUGCCCUAUGUGAUUAUUCGCCCUUUGUUUGGUGCUGUGAAUUAUAAUCUGCGUGGCAGUUUUCAACGUUAUUGGCCCAUGAACUGGCCAUCGAUGGAUGUGGGCCACCGUGGUAUAGGCGCCAGCUUCAAUGCGAAUGCACCAUUUGUGGAAAACACCAUUGCCAGUUAUAUGCACGCACACAAACACAAAGCGGAUAUGGUCGAACUGGACGUGCAGCUGACGAGCGAUUACGUGCCGGUGGUGUGGCAUGACUUUGGCUUUUAUACAGCGCCAACGGGACGCAAUGUGCGGAACGAAGAUGAUUUGGAAUAUGUGCUUAUCAAAGAUCUGAGCUACAAACAGUUGAAGAGCAGUCGAGUUUUCACUGCAGAAGAUGGGAAUAUCUACGAGUAUACAAAUUUCAACGUGCGCAGCGCGUCCGAAAACGAGCGCUUAUUUCCUCUGCUACAGCAAAUUUUUAAAACACUGCCAAUAACGCUUGGCUUAGAUAUCGAAAUCAAAUGGCCGCAAAUUUUAAAAAGCAACGCUGCAGAGUCAGCGCAAACGCUUAACAAAAAUCACUUUGUUGAUAUUAUAUUGAAAACUACUGUGAAGUACGGCUGUGGUCGCCCACUCUUCUUCUCCAGCUUUGAUGCGGACAUCUGCACCAUGGUGCGCCUAAAGCAGAAUGUAUUUCCAGUUGCGUUUAUUACGAUUGGCGAAACGAGCUUGUGGGAACCCUACAAAGAUCUACGCGCACGCAGUUAUCUGGAUGCAGUGAAUUUUGCGCAGUCAGCAAAUCUGUUAGGCACAGUUGCGCAUGCAGAGGAUUUUCUCAAAACCGGCGCUGUACUUGGCUUUGGUUUGGACUUGGGUCAGGCGACUUUUGUAUGGGGCGACGAUUUGCGAGAAAAACAAGCAGUUGAACAAUUUAAGCGCUGGCAUGUGUCUGGCGUCAUUUACGAUCGCAUCGAUUUGUAUGGCCCGCUGCGCAAGCGCGAGAGUUUUUUCAAUGCACCAGAUUUAGUGGACAUUUUCACGCGGCAAUGCAUUGUUGUAGGUCAUUUUAAUUGCUCCAGUGUGCUGACAUUACCGAAUGGGUUUGAUUUACAUGGAAAACCAGUGAGCCGACUGGGCUGCGAGGUGAUUGUGCAAUCCUUUACCUGAGGCCUAAUGGCGUGGGGGCAUAAAUUGGAUUUUAUAUAAAUAAAUUUGUAGGUGCAAUUAUUUAUAAACGGGUAUAGUAGUAAGAA